AUGAGCGGCUGGGUAACACCGAGGAGGAACCGGGGAGCGCAGUCGGGCAGUCGGUCGGUCGAUAUGCAAGAAUAAAGAAGCCGCAUUUUAAUCACAGUGUUUUAAAAAAACGACCAUAUUUGUUUUGUAAACCAACGACCGACUGACCCUAAAAGCACCGGCUGAGUGUCGUUUGGAGGAAGUUAAAGGUCACUGAGUGUGUGUGCGCUCCCGUUUUUUUUUUUUGUCGAGGCCGCGGUUCCCGAUUUGCACUUUUUACGCAAAUAAAUGGGUGAUUACGCGUUCGGUUUGCUACAAGCGAACAUAGACAGCGGCCCCGCACUUUUCGGGGCUUUCAGAUCGCCCUACUCGAGCCUCCCAUCGGUUGACGGUGACCUCCUCCCCAGCGCAUCUCCCCCUCUGACGCGCCCACUCACCAGCCGCGCCGCGUCCCCGCUGUUCCAGUUUCAUUCGGCCGCUGCGCACCGGCGCACCAUGCAGGAUGAGCCCGCAGGGGUGACCACCGAGCACCGACAAGUCGAGUCCACCGAGCACGAACAGGCCAGAAACGCUGUUAACCGAUCGCCACCGGCUGGCUCCAGGAACAGUCAUAACGGUCACAACCAAGGGGAAUACGAGCUCUCCGAUUAUAACAGCAACCCAACCCGGUUUUGUCCUGCUCCGUCCCGACGUGACCUUGAGCGCAACACGGAUCCGGAGUGCGCACUACAAGGCCGCGGCCAGCUUCCAGACCCCGUCGGGACUGCUGCCCCUGUCUCAUUGCUUUCAUCUCCAGUGACUCCCAGCAAGGUCCAGAUGGAUUCCACAAACGCGCAUCUUGUCACCGCCGGCUUUCCAAACCUCCCCCAUCAAGAAAUGCAGACCACCCUGGGCGGCGGCUCGGUCUCCCCGGCUCCCCCCUCCCUACCCGGUUUCGGUGCGCCAUGGUCCGUGCAUACAAGCUCACCUCCUCCUCGUAUCCCCAACAACGGUAUCAUGCCAUCAAUUUCCAGUACCGAACCCGACACUGGGUGUUACUCUAGCAUCCCAUCCUCGAUGAAUCCCGGCUUCUUCCAGAGUUUCCCACCGGUGUCCGCAGGCGUCAGUGCGCACAGUUUUGGAGCUCCGUAUUCACCGCAGAUGGGUGGCGCACCGAACCGCAGGUCCCCUCUCAGCCCGCAGCAUGGCACCUUCCUGCAGCAGAGGAACACCUACAACCAACAGCAGCCCAUGAUGAAACAGUCUCUUUGGGGAAACGGCUGGAACUCCGGCAGCAUGUCAUGGGGCAGGGAUCAUCGCAGUAGAGGCGUUGGAAUGACCAUGCCCGGCUCGCUCGGCCAGAUCUCGCUCAUGAAGAAGCCGUUUGGCGGCAGCAGUGUCAUCGCCCCACCCAAGUUCCCGCGUUCCGGAGCUUCGUAUGGCCACAAAACCUGGAGCGACGACAACGUGUUUCACACAGACAACAACAGCAACACGCUGCUGUCCCUGCAGGAUCGGAGCAGGAUGUAUGACAGUUUGAACAUGCACUCACUGGAGAGUUCUUUGAUCGACAUCAUCCGGGCAGAGCAGGAGCCUCUGAAGGCCAGGAGUUACGGGAGACGCCGAGGACGCUCCUCACUCUUUCCUAUUGAUGACGGUCUCCUCGAUGAUGGGCACGGUAACCAGGGUGUCCUAGGUUCAGGAUACCCGCAUCAGAACGGCGACCGCAUAGAGAGGUUCUCUCGCAAAGUGUUUGUGGGUGGCCUACCACCGGAUAUAGAUGAAGAUGAGAUCACAUCCAGUUUCCGGCGCUUUGGUCAUCUGGUGGUUGAUUGGCCACACAAGGCAGAGAGCAAAUCCUACUUUCCUCCUAAAGGUUAUGCUUUCCUGCUGUUCCAAGACGAGAGCUCAGUGCAGGCUCUGAUCGAAGCCUGUCUGGAGGAGGACGGCAAACUUUAUUUGUGUGUCUCCAGCCCCACCAUCAAAGACAAACCAGUUCAGAUUCGCCCGUGGAACCUGGGCGACAGUGAUUUCGUGAUGGAUGGCUCGCAGCCUCUCGACCCCCGCAAGACCAUUUUUGUAGGGGGAGUGCCUCGACCUCUGAGAGCAGUGGAGUUGGCUAUGAUCAUGGAUCGUCUGUACGGUGGCGUAUGUUACGCUGGGAUCGAUACUGACCCUGAGCUGAAAUACCCUAAAGGGGCGGGUCGAGUGGCUUUCUCCAAUCAGCAGAGCUACAUCGCUGCCAUCAGCGCCCGAUUUGUUCAGCUGCAGCACGGAGACAUUGACAAACGGGUGGAGGUGAAACCAUACGUGCUUGAUGACCAGCUCUGUGAUGAGUGCCAGGGGGCACGCUGCGGCAGCAAGUUCGCGCCCUUCUUCUGCGCCAACGUCACAUGCUUACAGUACUACUGCGAGUUCUGCUGGGCGAACAUCCACUCGCGCGCAGGCCGUGAGUUCCACAAGCCUCUGGUCAAGGAAGGAGCCGACCGGCCACGACAGAUCCACUUCCGCUGGAACUGAACGGCACGGAGGCCUGCUUUGGAAGUGAGCUAUCAGUAUAAAGCACCUAACAGUAUAUAGAGAUCUAUUAAUAUAUUUAUGUUCUGUAGCAGCUGGAAACACUACACGGCUCGUUUCCUUUCACCAAAUCACUUCUGCUUCCACAUCUCAGGCUUUUUGUGGUGCUGUCGUGUUUUUUAGGGUUUAUUUUCAGAUUAUUUUUAUAUGUCAGAUUUAAUGAGUUGAUAAGAGAAUGUUAGUAUGAAGGGCCAGCUGUCUGCCUGUCCGCCUGUUCGUCUCUGCUGCUGCUAAACGCUACCUUGUGGGCAAAGUGCGCAAUUAUCUCUGGUAAAAGACUUGAUAGUGGACCUAUAUGUGCCCGAAUUGCUGGUUUUCCUGCUUUAAAACACUUGAUUCAGCUGAUUGAGUGUAGUGGUGUGUUACAGCAGGAAAAUUACCCAACCCUGCUGGACUGUCUGCUAUAGACCUUUAACCAAAGGUAGCAAAAUGACAGGAGGCAUGAAAAUAAUCCAUAACAAUUAUUCCCUUUAUUAUAUUUAUGAUUUUAAAGGGGAUAAUUGUUGAGCAAUGAAAUUAACACAAUGUUAAUCAGCCAAGACAUGUUUGGUGUCCCUUUUUUCUAAAGGGUAAUGAGUAAUGGAGUCUA